CAAAAGUGAGAACGAAAAACAAAGCUGGUUUAUCUGGCCGUUUUGGAAAACUGUCAUCUGGAUAACGGGCUGUCUAACCCUGUAAUUACGAGAAAAACUCAAGUUUUAAGAAAUGAGUUGAAGAAGAGGAACUCUUCCUACAAGAGAUGGGAGUUUAUAUAUAAGACGCUUCCCUUUAAACCGAUUGUAUAGUGUGGUAGGACUAGGAUAGGAAACUGGACGGCACGGAGACUUCUCUUAAAACACAAGAGAAUCCCUAGCGUAAAGCCUCAAGCCUCCGGAGCAUGUCGGCGGAACGGACUUAACCACGGAACCCCACAUUCCCGGGUGCAGUUUUCCAGCCGGAGUCAGGGUCAGAGGCAGCCUUGCCUACUGCGCAGGCGCGAUGCUACUUACCCAUCAGGGAAGCAAUGUGGCUACUCUGCGUGUUAGCGGCGGUCCUGGCAUGGGGCUUCAUCUGGGUUUGGGACUCCUCAGAACGAAUGAAGAGUUGGGAGCAGGGCAGACUGCUGGGAGCUGAAAGCCGGACUCUCCUGGUCAUAGCGCACCCUGACGAUGAAGCCAUGUUUUUUGCUCCCACAGUGCUAGGUUUGGCCCGCCUAAGGCACCGGGUGUACCUGCUCUGCUUCUCUGCAGGAAAUUACUACAAUCAAGGAGAGACUCGUAAGAAAGAACUUUUGCAGAGCUGUGAUGUUUUGGGGAUUCCACCCUCCAGUGUAAUGAUUAUUGACAACAGGGAUUUUCCAGAUGACCCAGGCGUGCAAUGGGACACAGAACAUGUGGCCAGCGUCCUUCUCCAACAUAUAGAAGUAAAUGGCAUCAAUCUGGUGGUGACUUUCGACGCAGGGGGAGUAAGUGGCCACAGCAAUCACAUUGCUCUGUAUGCAGCCGUGAGGGCCCUGUACUCAGAAGGAAAGUUACCUAAAGGGUGUUCUGUGCUCACGCUUCAGUCUGUGAAUGUGCUGCGCAAGUACAUCUCCUUUCUGGAUCUGCCCUUGUCCCUGCUUCAUACGCAGGAUGUCCUCUUUGUGCUCAACAGCAAAGAAGUGGCACAGGCCAAGAGAGCCAUGUCCUGCCACCGCAGCCAGCUCCUCUGGUUCCGCCGCCUCUACAUUUUCUUCUCCCGGUACAUGAGAAUCAACUCAUUGAGCUUCCUCUGAAGCCUUGAAGGGUUUUCAGAUCCAAGGAACAAAGGGUAAAAUAGACAAAGGAGUGCAGGGGACCUGGCAUGGUGCUGGCUUAUUUGCCUGAGCUAAAGGAGAUCCCUGCUAAAGCAGCCUCUGCAAAAGGGAGCCCAUGUAGGCCAGGGACUGUCCAAACUCCAGCUUCUUCCCCUGGGAAAAAACCCAAAGAACCAAAAACAAACCAACCCAAGGAUAAUAGUAGCUACCCUGCUAGUUUCUCAAGUUCUCGUGAGAAACAAUUUACAUAAUGACACAGUACAUGUGGAACACCUAGCCCAGUGCCUGGGCAGAUCCCUAUUAUCAUAAAUGACUGUUAAAGUGCUGUAAAAACGUUCCACAGAUGUGACUUUUGAUGUUUCCAAAGUGGGUUCACCAAAAACACAUAUACACAAUGCAACAGUGUGUGUUGAGCUGGGUCAAUCAUAAUUUCUUUGAUUUUUCUUUUAUCAGAAUGGGGGUCUAAGAAAAACUUGCCCUAUUUAACAGGACAGCUGUUGAUUGAAGCAUCUAAGUACAGAUCACUGGGGUGGGAACUGUUUUAUACAGAGACGAUUACAAGGGCUCUGCCUCAAAGAGCUUACAUUCAAAUAUGUCAGCUCUCAGUCUUUUUGGAGAAGUAGGAAAUAGGAAGAGAAAUCUGGGACUUAACACAAAACAUUCAAGAACCUGAUGUCUUAAAAUUGUCCUACAAACAAAAGCUGUCUGAAAGAUCUGGCUUGGAAACUACUCUGAGAAUCCAACUAAUGGUCCAGGGAAGUGGCCUGAGGCCGGGAAGCUCAGUGAUGGAGAGAGCACAGGCUGGUAGCCCUGCCACUGAAGCCAGAAUGACCAGCCGUGCAAUCAAAGGCAAGGUGCUGAACCUUUCUCUGCCUCAGUUCUCUCAUCUGCAAAUGGGAGAUAAGGAUCCCAACCCUGAACAAGAUAAUACAUGAAGGUGCAUAUCAAAGAGUCCUGCAUGCUCUCCCAGGUAGGUAUUCCCUCCACCUGCCACAGGAAACCCUGAAUUGAUUUCUCCACAGCUGCAGGUUAGAGACCUGCUUGUUCAGGCUCUCCACCUCAACUUGUCCCUUUUCUUAGUGUCACCAGUAUCUUGAAUGCCUCCUAGGGGCCACAUGAGACUCAUAGAGCUAUUAGGCCCUGAAGUUGAAAUCAAAAAUGCAAAUCUGGUUAAGUGA